AUUUUUGUUCCUAUGUAUCUUUGAACCCAUAAAUAUGCCAACAGUUUAAAAGAAGUUGCUUUCUAUCCUGCCAAUAAUACGUAACUGGAAAAAACUUAUUAUUUUAGAGCAAAGUACUAAAAGAGAAGUAAUUUCUUGCCAAAGUCAAUAAACAAACGAUGUAAUUAGAAGCCUGUUUUUAUAGAAGAACCAUGCAGACAUGAUGCCAAGAUAUGUUUGUGUGAAUUUCUUGGACUUUCAAAAUGUAGAUUUGGAGGUGCCGAUUUUGCUGGACAAAUUACACAACAAACAACGUGGAAUUUGGAAACUGGAAACGCCAGAUUGCUCACUUGCAUCAAAAACAGGCUUACUCAAUUUGCAAGGCAGAAGAUUGCAUUAUAAAUGAAUUUGGGAUUUGAAUCGCAUGCUGUGCGUCCUGGAUUCUAUCAGCGGACUUGCUGCAAUUUUCGGUUGCAGGGUGUCCACGUGCCCUCUCCUGCCCUGCCUGCCAACUGCAGGGAUAGAAAGAGCCCUGAUGGGGAGCAGUGGGGUGCGGCUGGGGCAGCUUUCACCGGGCACCUCUGCUCAGGUGAGGCUCGAGCGUGUUCCCGAGAGCGGCCCCAAGCCCCGCAGUGCCGACGCUCCCCGGGCAGACCCUGCCCUGCUCGGGCAGUUCUCCUUGGCUGCAAAGAAGCACAUCCCGCUAACCCGGACGGAUGGGAAGAAAACCAGCUGCCAGCCUUCCUCAUAAAAACUUUUUGCGUAGUUGGGGUCUUUUCCCCCUCUUUCCACAACUUCCCAGCGGAGCUGUCCCUGUCCCCUGGGCUGGAUGCGAUUUGUCUGGCUGCUCCAGGCGCCGUGCCCGGAGCCGCUCAGGAACCUCUCGUGUCUCCAAGAGGCGCUCGCGGCUGUUCCCACAGGGAUGUCUGUGUUUCCUGCAGCAGCCCGGUGUCGCUGCUGUGCCUGGCUACUGCAGCUCCCAGAUUCCUGAAUCUUGGAGUGCAUAUUGAACAGGAGCCAUGCAGAAGCAGACUAGAACCCCUGAGGUCAACUCCUGGCUCACAGUUCUGUCACAGCUGACAAGGCUCCUGCCACCUCCAGGGAUUUGCCUCAUUCCCAUUAAUCAAACAAGAAAGCUCAGUGCCCAGCACUGCCUUGUGCCCAAACUCUGCCAGACAGGCAGGUGAAGGUCUGCUGUGCCCUGCUCUGGUUUAUUGUGUUAAUGGGGUGAGUACAGGACCAGCCCUGAUUCCAUGUAAUUAAUUAUCUUAGAAUAAAAGUUUAGAACCAUGUAAACUCAACCUUACUAGUUCCAAUGUUCUGGUCUCUCACUCCUUUCUGUUAUUCUCCCUGCCCUCCCCAUUUUUCAGUAAUUUAUAACCAUCUGUAGAAACUACUGUUUUCUUUCAUCAUUUUUGUCUGAAUUUAGCAGGCAGAGAUAUGUAGCCACUGUGACACCCUCUCCCCUUCCCAAUUUUUUUUAUUUACAAAACAUUUGCUUUCAGUAAAGAUUUUGCUCCUGGAAAAGGCCUGUAUCUCCCAUAAAUUUAACAGUAAGUAUAUUUUUUCCUCUAUUUUUUUUCCUUCUUGAUUCUUCUGUUGAAUAUUUGUUCACCUCUACCUUUGUUCUUUCAAUUUAACCCAUUACAUCUCAUGUCAUCAUUGUUUUUCCCACUACACUCCUCUUUCCUCAGGUGUGUCUGCAUUCUAGUUUUCCAUACACUGACUUUCUCUCCUUGUCAUACAGUAAUAGUGGAAUUUUCUGCUUUGCCAUGUGAGACCACAAUUACCUUGGUGUGGCUGAUUUGAUUAAAAGAAAUUUUGAAGUAAAUAAGAAAUAGGCUUUUCUUUUUCUUUAGAAGUAAUAUCUUACAAUUUC